AUCAACACUUCCAAAAAGAAAAAAAAAAUGUAAGAAACAUAUAAGGAAAGUAGGAAGGAAAAGAAGAAAGAAGAACAAGAAGAGGGAAGCUUAUUGCCGCUUUUGUGCUCUAGUUGUAAGGAUUCCACUCCUGGAUCCGUUUGCUCUCUCUCUCUCUCUCUCUCUCUCUCUCUCUCUCUCUCUCUCUCUCUCUCUCUCUCUCUCUCUCUCUCUCCUAGGCACACAAAUGCAUGGGUCUUUGUGUUUUUACACUCACUCCUAUAAACAUUGUUCAAGCCCCAAUCUUCACUAGUCCAUAUUUGAUUCUCACCCCAACCACUUCUCAUCACACCUAUAAAUACUCUCCCCUCUCCUAAACACCUCACAAAUAGUUCCAAAAAGAAGAAGAAAAAAUCAUAGAACCAUAUAAGGAAAGUAGGAUCGGAAAUAAAAGGAGAAAGAGGAAGAAGAAGAAGAAGAAGAAGAAAGCUUUUUGUCACCACUGUUCUUUGACCACUAGGGUUCCACCCCUUUCAGAUAUCGAGUCAACCCCGUGCACAAGAUGACAAUUACCCUCACUCCUCGAGAUCCUCUAAGAACAACAAUGGCGACCGGCAACAGCCAAGAUUCAAGCAAGAGAAGGAGCAGUUGCUUGCUCAGCAAACAAGACUUCUUGCCAGAGGAGUCAUUUCAGAGCUGGAAAACCUACCUCCAUGCCCUACGCAACACCAGGAAACGGUUCAAAGAUCGCCUCCUCUCUCGCUCCCACGACCACCUCGAACUUCAUGAGGUCCGCGCUCGCAGCCACCACCAGAUGAAGAAGACCCUCAAUUGGUGGGAUCUCAUCUGGUUCGGCGUGGGUGCCGUCAUGGGCGCUGGCAUCUUCGUUCUCACCGGUGAGGCCGCCCGGAACGCUGCUGGCCCCGCUGUUGUCAUGUCCUACUUAAUUUCUGGUAUCGCUGCACUCCUUUCUGUCCUCUGCUACACUGAAUUCGCUGUCGAUCUUCCCGUCGCUGGUGGCUCCUUUGCCUAUCUUCGAGUAGAGCUCGGCGACUUCGUCGCCUACAUUGCCGCCGGAAAUAUUCUCUUUGAGUAUAUCGUUGCAGGUGCUAGUGUGGCGCGUUCUUGGACCUCAUACUUCGCAACUCUUUGCAAUCGCAAUCCAAAUAGUUUGCGUAUCAAUAUCUCCUCACUCUCUGAGAAUUACAACCAUCUAGAUCCCAUUGCUGUCCUUGUUUCGAUUGCAGUCUGCAUCGGCGCAUGUCUAAGUAUUAAAGGAUCUUCGCGAUUCAAUUUGGCAGCGACCGUUGUUCAUGUUGGAGUUGUCGUAUUCGUCCUAUGUGUCGGGCUUUCGAAGGCGACCGCAGGCAACUUGGAGCCCUUUGCUCCUUACGGCGUGAGCGGAAUCUUGAAAGCGUCCGCCGUGCUCUUCUUCGCGUACGUAGGGUUCGACGGAGUGGCGACCCUCGGCGAGGAGGUCAAGAACCCGGGCCGGGAUAUUCCAAUCGGCCUCAUCGGAGCCAUGUUCAUUACCAUAACCGUUUACUGCGCUAUGGCGGCGACGCUUUGCUUGAUGCAACCGUACUCCCAAAUUGACGUCGACGCGCCGUUCACGGUGGCGUUCCAGGCGGCGGGCAUGACCUGGGCGAAAUACGUCGUCGCUUCGGGCGCACUGAAGGGAAUGACAACGGUGCUUUUAGCGAACGUCAUCGGCCAGUCCCGGUACUUCACGCACAUUGGUAGGGCCCACCUGGGGCCGCCAUUUCUCGCCGCCGUGAAUGAGAGGACGGGAACUCCGGUGAACGCCACCGUGGUGAUGACUGUCGCGAACUCCAUCGUGGCGUUCUUCACGAGUCUGGACGUUCUGUCAAACCUCCUCUCCAUAUCCACUCUGUUCAUCUUCUCGAUGGUGGCGGCGGCGCUGAUCGUGCGGCGGUACUACGUGGCCGGCGAGACGGCGGAUUCCGACCGGAACAAGCUGAUAAUAUUUCUAGUAUUGAUCGUGGGGUCGUCAAUAGGGACGGCGGCGUACUGGGCGGUGAGCGAGAAGGGGUGGGUUGGGUACGCGGUGGGCGGUGGGGUAUGGCUAGUGGGGACGGCGGGGUUGAAGGCGAUGGUGAGUGAAGCGAGAAGGGCGGAGGUAUGGGGGGUGCCGAUGGUACCGUGGGUACCGUCGGCGUGCAUAGCCAUGAAUGUGUUUAUAAUGGGGUCGAUAGACGGGCCGUCGUUCGUGAGGUUUACGGUGUGGACGGUGGUACUGCUAGUUUACUAUUUGCUAGUGGCUCUUCAUGCUUCGUACGACGCUGCUAAUGUCACCGGCAGCAGCACUGGUUCUUCUCAAUCUCAUGACCAGAUGGAAGGAGGAACUUUUGAGCAGCAGUCGGUGCGUUCUGGUUAGGCCUGGUCUGGGGUGAGUGAUGCCUUUUUAUUUUUUUAAUUUUUGUUGUACGUGAGGUAAGUUUCUGUUUCAGAUGCGAAAAUUUGCCUGGUUUUAUUAAAUUGUAUAUAGAAGGUUAAGCUGGAUGGCAGAAGCUGGGGUAAGCUAGAAUAAGCUGUGCAUUAGAAAAAAGGAAAAAAAUAAAUGUUUAUUGGCAUGUUCCUUUGCACAAUUAGAGAACAUACAAUGAUAAUAGUAUUUUAAUUUUUAGGGGCACACCCCUUUGGCUUUCCUUUAGACUUUUAGUUUAGUGGCUUAAUUUUUGCCUUUUAUUUUUAUUUUUAUUUUUAUUUUUUGAGAAUUUCUAGCCUAUUCUCAGAGUCUCAUUGUAAAAAGAAAUCCAAAAAAUAAAUUCCAAAUGUGUAAUAUUUCCCUUUGCACAA